GGGCAGGGAGGACAGCGAGCGAGCGAUGGCGGCGAGGCGGCUGAUCGUCUUGGGCGCUGGGAAGCUCUGUCGCGGUAGCGCGGCGGCUUCCAAGAUCGCCAAUCCAUCGGCAUUGGUGCUCGUUCAUCACAAUUCCACUUUCAACAGCGAUGGAGGUAAUGGUUCUGUGCCUGGCGGAGGCGGCGGUGGCUAUGGGGUUGGGGGCGGCUAUGGCGUGAGCCCUCCCCCACAGGGCAGCGGUGGAGGUAACGGUGGCUACAGUGCUGGAGGAUAUGGCGUUGGCGGCGGUGGUGGCUCGACUCCUGGUGGAGGAAGCGCGGCGCCACCAUACGGUGGCGGAGGCUCUCCUCCUUCUGGUGGAGGUGGCGGUGGCUACGGCGUUGGCGGAGGCUCUAGCGCGGCUCCACCAUAUGGUGGCGGAGGAUCUCCUCCUUCUGGUGGAGGUGGCGGUGGAUACGGCGUUGGCGGUGGCUCUAGCUCAGCUCCUCCAUACGGUGGCGGAGGUUCUAGCUCGGCUCCUCCAUACAGUGGCGGCGGAUCUUCUUCUAGUGGCUACGGCAUGGGAGGAGGAUCAAGCUCGAUUCCUCCAUACGGUAACGGGGGCUCUAGCUCGACUCCUUACGGAGGUCCUUAUGGCGGUGGAGCCGGCAACGUUCCUCGAUCAAGCAACUCCACCACCUCGGUUCCUUUUCCAAGCAACAGUAGCGGAUCAAUUCCUCCCUAUGGUGGAUCAGGCAACUCCACCCCUCCCUAUGGUUCUUCUCCGAGCAACAACAGCGGAUCCAUGCCUCCAUACGGUGGAUCAAGCAACUCCACCACCUCGGUUCCUCCGUAUGGAUCUCCUCCGAGCAACAACAGCGGAUCCAUGCCUCCAUACGGUGGAUCAAGCAACUCCACCACCUCGGUUCCUCCGUAUGGAUCUCCUCCGAGCAACAACAGUGGAUCCUUUGGUGGAUCUUCCAGCAACUUUAACAACAGUAGCAGCUCAAUCCCUCCCUUCGGUUCUUCCAACAGCAUGAACAACAACAACAGUAGCAGCUCCAUCCCUCCCAAUGGUUCUUCCAGCAACAUCAACAACAACAAUAGCAGCUCCAUCCCUCCCUUUGGUUCUUCCAGCAACACCAACAACAGCAGCAGCAAUAGCAGCGGCAUUCCUCCGUAUGGUUCUCCCAACAACAGUGGAGGCAAUCCUUAUACUGGCGGGGCCGUGAACACAAACAUGCCACCGUAUGGGAAUCAAGCCGGUGCAAGCAACAACUCGUCGAGCCCUCCAUUCGGCGGUAGCGGUGGUAACUUCAACACGAAUCCCCGAGCCGGAAAGACUUGGCCGAAUCCAAACGCUUCGUCGUCUCCUCCGCCACCAUCUUACUCUGGAGGAGGACGCAGGGGAAAUCCACAUCCGACUGUUCCGAAUCCUUGGUACCGCGACGCGAAUGGAAACUAUCCCAACAUGGAUCCAAACAAUCCUCCCAAGCCGCUGCCUGGAGCGACCAAGUACGCGGGUGGAACUUAUGGCGAGGGACGGCCACGCACCAUCAUCGACGACAUGAGGAAGAAAUACUUCGGCGAGGAUUGGUGAAGCGAGCCAUCCGAGGAUGAGAAUCGUCGAGGUAAAAGCUAGUUCUCUACAUAGAUCAUCGUGUUUAGAGCUUCUCUUUCGAGAUACUUCGUUACUUGUUUCUGCUCAGGUAGUCGAGUGAUUUAGAAAGAAGACAAAAAGCAAUCGAAUUGUAACUUCUCUCUC